AUUGGACCGUCUAGUCCUUCUCCUGGACACCGGAUCCACGCCUGCAGUCCGAGCAACUGCUGCGCAGCAAUUAGGAGAAAUUCAAAAGCAACACCCUGGAGAGCUACAUAACUUAUUAUCAAGGGUUGUUAUUCAUUUGAGCAAUAAAGAAUGGGAUACUCGGAUUGCUGCGGGGCAAGCAAUUGAAGCUAUUGGCAAAAAUGUGCCGCAGUGGGAUCCACCAGAGAUUGUUAAAAUUGAAAACGAAAUAUCGACUAAAAAUGAGUCAAGCGAUAAUAAAUAUUCCUUUGAAAAUUUUGACAUUUCGAAUGUAUUACAAAAUGGAAAAACAUUGUUAGGUUCUGCCGGAAAAGUAUGUGCCAAUUAUCUUAUUUUAAAUCAAAUUGUGCAGCCUUAUGUGGGUUUCAUGGAAUAUGAUCUUGAUUUAAGUGAUCUUGAUCCUGCUCAGAGACUCGCGUUACAACAUAAGAAUCUCAGAGAAAGACUAGGAUUAGGUGGAGAAUUUAUGGACGUCGAUUUAUUGGAUGAUGUUGAUAUAAGUGGGGCGACUCAAACACAAGUCAAUAAGGUCGAGUCUACUUCUAUACAACCACCACGUUCUCCAAUUUUACCGCCAGAAGACAUGGCUAACCUGAGCGCCAGAGAAAGAAAUAAACUGAAGAGAAAAGCAAAAAAUGAUGCAAAAAUUAAGGGGAAAGAAAAAUUACGUGUUGUGGAAAUUGGUACACGAAAAACAAGCGGUGAUUAUACAACUCCACUAGCGGCCCCACUUGCAACAACAACUGUCAAAGUCGAACCCGAUGGAUCAUCAGAGCAAACACAAGCGGAGGGAUAUUUCAAUUUUACACCACAACCUUGUUCAAGCAAAAUUGUUGUAGAAGCUAAAAAAGAAGGAUCGUCAAAUGUAACGGAUGAUCAAUCUAAUGAAUGGCCAUUUGAAAAUGUGUGUGAAUCUCUCUGCGUGGCUUUGUUUAAUCCAUGCUGGGAAGUUAGGCAUGGUGCAUGCAUCGGUUUAAGAGAAAUUCUUAAAGUACAUGGUCAUGGAGCUGGACGUCGCGUUGGACUAACUAAAACGGAAAAUGAAUUCAGACAUAAUAAAUGGUUGGAGGAUGUAGCAAUUCGUUUGUUAUGCGUAUUUGCACUGGACCGAUUCGGAGAUUUCGUAUCAGAUCAGGUUGUUGCGCCUGUACGGGAGACUUGUUCGCAAACAAUGGGGGCACUUCUACGCUAUAUGUCACCACAGGGUGUGGAAAGUGUUCACAAAGUUUUAUUACAGAUGAUUUAUCAAACAGAUGUGCAGGGAGAUAAGCCAUCAAUAUGGGAAGUUAGACACGCUGGGAUGUUAGGUUUGAAGUACGCAGUUGCUGUCCGUAAGGAUUUAGUGAAUACAAUAUUGGACGGGACCGUGGGUGCAGUGAUAUUAGGGUUAAAAGAUAAUGAUGACGACGUGAGAGCUGUUGCAGCAUCCAUUUUAAUUCCGAUUGCUGAACAUUUUGUUACACUCUCUGCGCACAAAAUACCGGAAAUAGUUUCGGUGUUAUGGGAUUGCCUAAAGGAUUUAAAGGAUGAUCUUACUGCAUCUACAGCCAGUGUAAUGGAUUUUUUGGCCCGAUUAUUUUCCUUUCCAAAAGUAUUAGAAUAUAUGCGAACAGCUGCUACUUCUGAUCCGAGUCAUUCAUUGACAACAUUAAUACCUCGAUUAUACCCAUUCUUUCGUCAUACUAUUACUUCCGUGCGCUCUGCGGUGCUAAACACAUUGCUGACAUUUCUGGGGAUGGCAGAUGUUGAAGAAUGGGUAGAUCAUUACACUUUCAGGCUUGUUUUUCAAAAUAUGAUUGUUGAAGAAAAAAGCGAUGUUCUCGAACUAUCUCUUAAAGUCUGGUCUGCUUUAGUAUCUCACGUAUCAAAGCCCGGCCGAGAAAAUAAAAUCAUUGCUUUUACGGCUCCAUACAUUAGAACGUGGUUCAUGAUAAUUAUGACACCGUUAGGUACUCCAAUUGAUCGACGAUUAUUUUUUAUACCCGAUGGUCCAAUUCCAAUGGAAACAUCACCUACCACCGCAUCACCUACCAACACACGACGUCGAUCACAAGGGCGAAUUCAAACAAACAAUGGUGAUGAUGUAGUGACCGGCCAUAAUAUUGAUACUGGGAUGUUACAACAGGAUUUUGCGUUGGUCAGCAAGGACACUGUGCUAAGAGGCAGAGUCACUGCUUCUAAAGGCCUGGGUAUGUUAAUGAGUCAUUGGCCUAAUGAGUCUCUGGAAGCAUCGUUCGAGGAAAUAAUUAUUUCGUGCUUGUCUUCCUCUUGGGCAUCAAAUAAACAACUUGCUGCUGUCAUUACAGAAGAGUGGGCACGUUCAAUUGUAGAAAAGGAAGGUUAUGACAUUCAUACAUCAUUGUUGAACGUAUCACCAUUAACACUUAAACUUUCAAACCAUAUGAUCUCAAUAUUGGAAUCUGAACCACCAAAAUUUUAUUCGGAACUUAUACCUAUUCUUCGUCGCAUUCGUGGUGAAUGUCAAGCAUUGCUCAAUACAUUCGUUUCAGUCGGAAAAAUUGACUCUGCGAUUAUCCCUGCUUUACCUUCACAUGUUCUUGGCGAGGUCAUUCAGUCAGAUGUUUUAUUUCCAUUGUUCAGUAUUGAAACAGCAGAGGAGAUUUCGACAACUACUUUCAAUAAUUUAUUAGCCCAAGUCACUGGGGUAGGUGGAAAAUCAACACAAGCCCGUACCGAUGAACGACAAGCCUUAAAUGAUCGCCAACGCCGAGUAGUAUCAUCAAUCGGUUGUUAUGAGUCAACUAAACAGGAAAAUGACAUUGUUGUAUUCGCAGCAAUUGCUGGUGCUGUCGUUGCAUUGCGAACAUUACCCCCUAAGCUCAAUCCUGUCGUUAGAUCUAUUAUGAAUUCAAUAAAAACUGAAAAAAAUAUAGGAUUGCAGCAACGUUCGGCGGCUACAUUAGCGAGCCUUGUUGAACUAUGUGCUUCUGAAGAUGGUUCAACGCGAGUAAAUCCUAACGACAAAAUCGUGAAAAAUCUAUGUACAUUUCUUUGCUCUGAUCCAACUACAACACCUGAGCUGCAAGCUAACCGUGCAAAGGAGGGUAUACUGUCUUUACAGAAGGCUAAAGAGCCCGAUAAAGGGUCAUCUAAUAAUGAUUCUCAACACGAUGAUGAAGAGUUAAAAUCACAAAAAUUAAUACGUCGUGGUGCUGAAACAGCUCUUCGCCAAUUUUCUAUACAAUUUGGAUCCAGACUAUUUGAUAUUGUUCCCAGGCUAUGGGCGUGUGUGCAUUCUUCUUUGAGCACAGUGUUCGCUCAUGAUGACAAAGAAAAAAUAACAUCAGUCUUCAAAUCUAAUAUUAGUCUGGGACAAGAU